AUGGUCAGCUCCUGCUGUGGCUCCGUCUGCUCUGACCAGGGCUGUGGCCAAGAGACCUGCUGCCAACCCAGCUGCUGCCAGACCACCUGCUGCAGGACCACCUGCUGCCGCCCCAGCUGCUGUGUGUCCAGCUGCUGCAGGCCCCAGUGCUGCCAGUCCCUGUGCUGCCGUCCCAGCUGCUGCCGCCCUAGUUGCUGUGUGUCCAGCUGUUGUCGUCCAGUCUGCUGUCCGACCACCUGCUGCCGCCCCAGCUGCUGUGUGUCCAGCUGCUGCCGUCCCAGCUGCUGUGUGUCCAGCUGCUGCCGCCCCAGCUGCUGUGUGUCCAGCUGCUGCCGUCCCAGCUGCUGUGUGUCCAGCUGCUGCCGCCCCAGCUGCUGUGUGUCCAGCUGCUGCCGCCCCAGCUGCUGUGUGUCCAGCUGCUGCAGGCCCAGAUGCUGUGUGUCUAGCUGCUGCCGCCCCAGCUGCUGUGUGUCCAGCUGCUGCCGCCCCAGCUGCUGUGUGUCCAGCUGCUGCAGGCCCCAGUGCUGCCAGUCCCUGUGCUGCCAGCCCAGCUGCUGCCACCCCUGCUGUUGCCUGCGUCCAGUCUGUGGCCGAGUCUCCUGCCACACCACCUGCUAUCGCCCAACCUGUGUCAUCUCCACCUGCCCCCGGCCCCUGUGCUGCGCCUCCUCUUGCUGCUGA